CGCUCACGGAGGAACAGAAGGCAGCUGGGCUUGUAACGCCCACUCUCCCGGGUUCCAUCAACAUUUUCUUUUGAAAAAUCGUCUGGCUACCCAUUUGGUUUUUUGUUGUGACCAGUAUCUGAAGGAUUGUCUGCUGCCUAAGGGUAUGGCCUUGGCAAAAUCUAGUGCCCUUUAAGUACAUCCCACAAUCUCAAAAGGAAUUGGUUGGGUACAGCAGCCACUAUGUAUGUUGGUUUAACAUUCCGAAAAUAAACAUGAUGAAGACAGAGUGUUCAGGGGAAAGAUCAACCCUCCGAAGUGCCUCUCCUCACAGGAAUGCUUAUAGGACUGAGUUCCAAGCAUUGAAAAGUACCUUUGACAAACCUAAGUCAGAUGGAGAACAAAAGACAAAAGAAGAAGGAGAGGCUUCUCAACAAAACAGGGGGAGGAAAUAUGGAUCUAAUGUCAACAGGAUUAAAAAUUUAUUCAUGCAAAUGGGCAUGGAGCCCAAUGAGAGUACUGGUGGUAUGGCAAAGACCAGAGGUAAGAGUGGUCCAUUGUCUCCUCAAAGAAGGAUUAGGCCUAAAGAAUUUGUGGAGAAGGGAGAUGGAGCAGUUGUGAAGUUAGAAUCAUCAGUUUCAGAAAGGGUUAGUAGGUUUGAUGCUAUGCACGAUGGUCCUUCUUAUUCCAAGUUUACUGAAACACGAAAGUUGUUUGAAAGAAAUACUCAUGAAACAGGUCAUUCGAAUCGCUACUCCCCAAAGAAAGAGAGAUCAGUUCCUAAUAACGAACUUCAAGAUGAAUGGUGCAGCUCUAAGUCUAACAGAGGAAGCACAGAUUCACUGGACAGUCUUAGUUCAAGGACAGAGGCUGUUUCUCCAACAGUGAGUCAACUUAGUGCAGUGUUUGAAAAUACUGACUCACAACAAAGUGUUAUUAUUUUAGAAAAGGCAGAAAACAAUGAAGAAUACUCUGUAACUGGUCACUAUCCACUAAACCUGUCUUCGGUGGACACAAAUCUGUCUUCCACUGUUGCAAACCUUGACGAUUUUAGCCCCAUAAAAGAUGCCAGUGCUUGGCCUGCAGUAGCCAAGCAAAGUACCACUUCAGUAUCUGUCGAGAACUCACAGGAAACCAGUAGUAGAUCUCCAUUGGUUAACGAAACCCCCAAAAGCACUUUGCCUGUUCUAAAAACAAGUGGAAUACAAAAUAAGGGUGCCUGUUAUGAUUCUGAUGAUGCCUGUGAAGCAAAUAAACAAGAGCCAACAGAUGGACUUGACAGAAAGAAUUUUGGUGAGACCUGUGCCAGGAAUAAGGCUGAAAUAGAUCCUGAAGUACCACUUUCCCAGCAAAAAAAGGUCUCUGGUGGAGCUGAGACUGCAGAAAUAUCAGGAAACUUAAUAGCUGGUGAUGGCAUUGUAGUUGCUGAAACUUCGCAUUCUGUUGGCUCCCACUGUGAAGAUACAAAUGGAAAGGAAGUACAGGAAGACUUGAAUAACUUUCAGAGUUCUCAUGUGUAUAUGCACACUGAUUACAAUGUCUACAGGGUACGCUCAAGAUACAAUUCUGACUGGGGGGAGACAGGAACAGAACAGGAUGAUCAAGAAGACAGUGAUGAAAACUACAACUAUGAACCUGACACAGAAUGUUCUGAAAUUACUGGAUUGCCUGAAGAAGAUGAAAUCCCAGCAAAUAGAAAAAUUAAGUUUAGUAGUGCUCCAAUUAAGGUUUUCAACACAUACUCUAACGAAGACUAUGACAGGAGAAAUGAUGAAGUUGACCCAGUGGCUGCAUCAGCUGAGUACGAACUAGAAAAACGUGUAGAAAAGCUUGAGCUUUUCCCAGCAGAGCUUGAAAAAGAUGAAGAUGGACUUGGUAUCAGCAUUAUUGGAAUGGGAGUUGGAGCAGAUGCAGGUCUUGAGAAACUGGGCAUAUUUGUCAAAACUGUAACAGAAGGUGGGGCAGCAGAAAGGGAUGGCAGGAUCCAAGUAAACGACCAAAUUGUAGAAGUAGAUGGGAUCAGUCUGGUCGGUGUCACACAAAAUUUUGCUGCGACUGUUCUCAGAAAUACCAAAGGAAAAGUCAGGUUUAUAAUUGGCAGAGAAAAGCCAGGACAAGUAAGCGAAGUGGCUCAGUUGAUUAGCCAGACCCUAGAACAGGAACGUCGCCAGAGAGAGCUCUUGGAACAGCAUUAUGCACAAUAUGAUGCAGAUGAUGACGAGAGUACUGAGAGAGAAUUUCAUGGAACCUCAGGCAACUACAAUAAAAAUAACAACUGUUACCUUAAAAAGACAGGGGAGUACGCCACAGAUGAAGAUGAGGACGACAUGGGGCCGGUCCUUCCAGGAGGAGAUAUGGCCAUUGAAGUGUUUGAGCUCCCUGAAAAUGAUGACAUGUUUUCCCCAACAGAACUGGACACGAGCAAACUGGCUCACAAAUUCAAAGAGUUGCAAAUCAAGCAUGCAGUUACAGAAGCUGAGAUUCAGAAGCUGAAAACAAAGUUACAGGCUGCUGAGAAUGAAAAAGUGAGGUGGGAGCUGGAGAAGAGCCAACUUCAGCAAAACAUCGAGGAGAACAAGGACAGGAUGAUGAAACUUGAGAGCUACUGGAUUGAGGCACAAACCCUGUGUCAUACUGUCAAUGAACAUCUAAAGGAGACUCAGAGCCAGUAUCAGGCCCUGGAGAAGAAAUACAACAAAGCCAAGAAACUGAUUAAGGACUUCCAGCAAAAAGAACUUGAGUUUAUCAAGAGACAAGAAGCAGAAAGAAAAAAAAUAGAAGAUCUAGAGAAAGCCCACUAUGUAGAAGUUCAAGGUUUACAAGCUCGUAUUAGAGAACUGGAAACGGAAGUUUUCAGGCUAUUGAAGCAAAACGGGAGCCAAGUUAACAAUAACAACAACAUUUUUGAAAGGCAAACAUCUGUUGGUGAAGUCUCAAGAGGAGAUGCAAUGGAAAACCUUGACACAAAGCAAGUGUCUUGCCUGGAUGCCUUAAGUCAAGAUUUUAACGAAGCAGUCCCUGAGACAGAAAGGCUGGACUCAAAAGCAUUGAAGACUCGUGUACAGCUUUCAGUAAAGAACAAAAGAUCAAGACCAACCAGAACAAGACUCUACGACAGCAUCAGCUCCACAGAUGGAGAGGACAGCCUUGAAAGAAAGAAUUUCACUUUCAAUGAUGACUUCAGCCCAAGCAGCACCAGUUCAGCUGAUCUAAGUGGCUUAGGGACGGAACCGAAAACCCCAGGUUUUUCACACUCCAUAGUGCUGUCAUCUGAUGAGAGCUUGGAUAUGAUUGAUGAUGAGAUCCUUGACGACGGACAGUCUCCUAAGCACAGCCAGGCUCCAAACCGUGCUGUUCAGGAAUGGAGUGUGCAGCAAGUGUCCAACUGGUUAAUGAGUCUGAAUUUAGAACAGUGUGUUCCCGAAUUCAGUGCCCAAAACAUAAAUGGAGAGCGUCUCCUUCAGCUGGACAGCAGUAAACUGAAGGCCCUUGGUAUGACGUCUUCCCAGGACAGAGCUAUCAUUAAAAAGAAAAUUAAGGAAAUGAAAGCAUCUAUAGAGAGAGCUCGCAAAGCUCAAGAGAAGAUGGAGAAGCAAAGGGAGAAACUUCGGAAGAGGGAGAAAGAGCAGGUUCAGAGGAAGCCCAGAAAGCUGGAGAAGCGAUCCCCAGAUCCAACAGAGGGCGCCCAUGAGCAAUGAUGCCUAAGCAUUAACUAUUCUAUUAGGAACACGAAGACAUCUUUCAGGGGAGAAACCCAAAGCGAUGACUGUCUCCUUCCCACAUCUUCCUUGUCUUCAUUAUGCAGAGCUCUGUACCCAUAUC